UUAUAUUUUACAUAUUAGUGUGUCUCUGACCGUUGCAAAAUGAAGGUUUUCGCUUUGUUCUUAUUGUGUCUUAUUGCUGCUGCGCAGAGUCGCAGUACCGGCUCUAACGCCGGUAAGAGCACUCUAGCCGAGGCUGGACAGAACCCGUCGAUUGUGCACUUGCGCGUUGCCAUUGGCACCAGCGGACUCCUGCAAACCUGCGCCGGCUCGCUCAUCAACUCAAGAUGGGUCCUCACCACAGCUAGCUGCCUCAACGAUGCCCGUUUCAUCUGGAUCCGGUACGGCGCCGUGGACGUGAUCAGCCCCGAACUGGUGACGGAGUCGAGCGCAGUCCGCCUCAACCCCGGCUACAACGCGCAGACCGGCGCCAACAACAUCGGCCUGAUCAGCAUCAACAGGGCUGUAGAGUCUUCCGAGAACAUCUCCCCCGUCAAUGUAGCCGGACAGGAUGACGAGGUGCCUGAAUCUGCCAACUUCUGCGCUUAUGGUCAGGAAGGCGAGGGUCCCGGUGAGAGCCUCAGCUGCAUCAAUGUAGAUCUGUCUGUUGGAGAAGAUGGCUCCAUCGUCGCUGAAAGUGAAGAGGGAGAGGCAUCUCGUUUCGACAUCGGAGCUCCCCUGAUCGUUGACGGUGUGCAGUACGGCAUCCUGAUCAGUCCUGACGGCACGUUCCUGAACCCUGCCAGCUACAGAGAUUGGAUCGCCAUCGAGACCCUCGGCUCCGACCAGCCUGAGGAAGUGCCUGUUGUUAACGUUGUACAGUAAAUAGAGCAUGUGGUUUGGUAGUUUCCCUACCUUUAGUUGGUAGAAGAAUUACUACUACGUUACCACUGUAUUGUAGAUGAAUU